GGGAAACAAGAUGGCGGCGCGCAGUGUGGUCACACCGGAUGAUUAGAAAAUUCCGUUAUUUACUUCUGGUAUCGGUAUAGAGUGUGGUGAUGAACAACAGUGUGAUGAUGAAGACGUUUUGUGGUCGUGCUAACCCCACCACGGGCUCGCUGGACUCGGUGGAGGAGGGAGAGGAGUAUGAUUAUCACCAGGAGAUCGCCAGGUCCUGUUACGCCGAUAUGCUGCACGACACAGAUAGGAAUGAGAAGUACUACCAGGGCAUUCGAGCAGCAGUUAGCCGGGUGAAGGCUCGAGGCGAGAGAGUCGUCGUUCUGGAUAUCGGCACAGGAACAGGUCUUCUCUCCAUGAUGGCCGUCACAGCAGGAGCAGACUACUGCUACUCCGUAGAGGUGUUUAAGCCCAUGGCCGAGGCUGCAGCUUGCAUCAAAAAGAAAAAUGGCUUCUCAGACAAGAUCAAGAUCAUCAAUAAGCACUCGACUGAGGUCACAGUUGGUCCAGAUGGGGACAUGCAGGAAAAAGCGAACAUAUUAGUGACAGAGCUGUUUGAUACGGAGCUGAUUGGAGAGGGAGCUUUACCCAGCUAUGAGCACGCACACUUACACCUGGUACAGCCGGGCUGUGAAGCCGUACCUCACCGUGCCACCAUCUACGCCCAGGUGGUGGAGUCGGAGCAGCUUUGGAGCUGGGCACAGAUUCAGCCCAUCCAGGUGGAGGAGCGCACGCUGCUGCCCCCUGCUGCAGUGACACAGUGUGCUGGAGCGCCAUCUGUCUGUGACAUACAGCUCAGUCAGGUCACCCCGAGUGCGUUCACUAACCUCGGACCCCUGUGUGCCAUGUUCAGUGUGGACUUCAGCACCCCGGUCAGCAGCACUCCUCAGUCCCACUCCUGCAGGUUUGUGGUGCAGUCCAGCGGCCGAGCUCAGGUAGUUUUAUCCUGGUGGGAUUUGGACAUGGACCCGAGCGGCAGCAUCGUCUGCUCCAUGGCUCCCAGCUGGACUUACUCCGACCCGCGAGAGUAUCCCUGGAGGGAUCACUGGAUGCAGAGUGUGUACUUCCUGCCUGCUGAAAGGAGUGUGUGUGAGGGAGAAGAGCUCAGUCUAACCGUCUGCCAUGAUGACUACAGCUUGUGGUACAGCCUCUCUGCUGGUGAGCAAUCUGAUGUGGCCACGCCGUGUUGUACCUGCCAGGCUCACCUGCUGUGGACGCGGCCGCGCUUCGGGGAGCUUAAUGACCGGCGGAGACGAGAGUCGUAUCUUAGUGCUCUCCGUAGUAUUCUCAGACCAGACAGCGUGUGUUUAUCCGUCAGUGACGGGAGUCUUCUCCCCAUCUUUGCACAUCUGCUCGGAGCUAAAAAGGUGUUCAGUUUGGAAAACUCAGGAAUGGCGAAGCGAGUGAUUGAGCAGUUUUUGGAAGCAAACUCACUGAGAAACGGCGUUCAGCUGCUUGAAAUCCGACCAGAUCAGCUGACGUCAGCUGAUGUAGAGGAAGAACAGAUCUCGGUGCUGAUUGGCGAGCCGUAUUUCAGUACCAGUCUGUUGCCCUGGCACUCGUUGUGCUUCUGGUACUGCCGUACAGCACUGAGCCGCCUCCUCCGGCCCGACGCCACCAUCAUGCCUUCAUCCGCCACGCUUUACGUGAUCGCCGUGGAGUUUCAGGAUUUGUGGCGAAUCCGAGCCCCGUGUGGAACCUGUGAAGGAUUUGACGUGAGCCCGAUGGAUGAAAUGGUGCAGCGCUCUCUGGACUUCCGGGAGUCUCGUGAGGCAGAACCUCACCCCCUGUGGGAGUACCCCUGCCGGGCCCUGUCCCAGCCAUGCUCCGUGAUGACCUUUGACUUCCUGCAGUGUGUCCCUGAGCAGCCAAUCAGCAGUCAGGGAGCAGUUCAACUUACUGGGAGAGGGCGGUGUCACGGCGUGGCUCUGUGGAUGGAGUACAGGCUGACAGAUGACAUCACCGUCAGCAUGGGCUUGACUCAACCCGCCAGUGAGGAGGGAGCGUGUGUGUGGAGUCCACACCGGAAACAGGGAGUGUACUUCUUACGCGAGCCAUGGGAAAGCACCGGAGACGGAGAGGCGAGCGUGACCUACAGCAUAACCUUUGACCCCAGUAUCGGGGACAUCAAAAUGGACUUUUCAGUCACUCAAGCUUGACCAAAGCGAAAUGUACUGAUUCACUCGACAGGGUUUCUUUCAUUUUUUAUCUUGUUGUGUUUAGAAAACUGCCUAUUCCAGGUGAUGUGUAAUUUUGACUUUAUUGCAAAUCUCCUUUAAUCUCACAGUUUGGUUAUUUUAAUAAAGAAAAUUUAAAUGUUUUUUUCUUUUAAGUUUAAAUUGAGUAAGUUAGUUUGGACGUGUUUUAUGUCUGCUGUUGCUUUCUUUUUUUUUCUCCUGUGGUGCAAUGAGGUUAAUGUAAUUGGGUAAAAACUUUCUUUCGGCUGCUCCCGUCAAGGUCGCCACAGCGGACCAUCCAACCCACACAACUUGGCCUUUCCUGGCGCAACCCUCCCAAUUUUGCUAACCGGCCUUGGGAGCGACCCUGCAUGCUGUGGCUGGGUAGUAUGGGGUAUGUCGCAACCCACCAACAGUGGAGCUUGAACCCAGAUCUUCAGAUGCUCAAAUCAACGACCCAGAACCAUAGCCGCCUGAGCCACCACUCACUGUUAAUGCCUUAAAUAAAAA